AUGGCAGACAGCGCCAGUGGGGGCACAUCCCUGCAAGGGAUGCGCAAGUGGAUGGUUGCUGCAUCUCAGGUCAUUGCAGCAGAGCGACGAAGUCAAAGUGGCCUUCAACAUCAGGCCAACACCACCAUCACUACCAGUAUGAAGUCAACAUUUAAACCAAUAUUAGAUGGAUCUGUCCUCAAAAAGGAUGAAAAACAGAGACUUGCAAAAGAGCGUAGAGAAGAGAAAAGAAGACAAGAUGACACUAAUAAAGAAAUGCAGACACUGGAGAAGGAGAGAAAGGCAAAAAUCUACCAUGAAAAGCAAGUGGAGGAGAAACAACGAAAACUGAAAGAGCAGAAAGAGAAAGAUGGACAAAGAAGGAUAUCUGUUGAGAAGAGGAAGCAGAAGCUCGAAGAAGAUCAAGAGCGCUACAAAGCUGUCCUCUCUCGCAUUGUUGAACGCAGUAACAGCCUCAUGGACUCCAAGGAAAGAUGGUCUUGGGAAGGCCCUGUAGCUGAAAGGAAACCCACUGCUGACAUCAAAGAUGGAAAGAUGGGUAAGAGGAGUUCAUCAUUAAAUAGAAAAUACACCAAUGCUCAACUGCAUUCUGAUAAAAAUCAACCUGCUGGAAGACUACCUGGCACUCAUGCCUUAGUUCCAUGUCCCUGCAUCUCUGCAUAUGGAAGUAGCAUCCCUGAGUCAGGAAGUAAAGGUAGUAACAUCAAAGAUGAGUCGCGCAUCGCUUCCUGCGAUCGACUAGGAGAACGCUUCAACCCGGAUGGCCAGCUGACAUCAUCGGCUGAUAAGGCAGUGUGUGAGACCAACUUGGCAGCCUGUGUUGGGGUCAGUUUGGAGUCAUCGCCAGGUGAUAGCCUAAACCCCUCGCCUGAAGUAAGUACAGAAUCCUCUGAGGCACUCAGUGUGAAUCCGUCACCAGAGGUGAGCAUUGACUCAUCAGGAGAGGUGAGUCUAGGUACCUCCUCUCCUGAUGUAAGUGUGGAGGUAUUACCGGAGGCCAGUCUGAUAGAAAUCCCAUUGGAUGUGAAGGUGGAGGUCCUUCCAGAACAUCCUAUGGAAUUGCCCUGUGCGCAACGUGAGAGGAUGAGAGGAGUGACUCGUAAACCAAAGCCCAUGUCCCAAGACCUUGACCUGGGUAAUAAAAUCACCCCAGGUGUCGUUAAUAAGGAAGAGGCUAUGAAAAUACUCUCCGAGAAACACCGCCUUAUUUGCGAACAGAAGGAGAAAGAAUUGCUAAAGGAUGCGAGAAAGACCUGGAGGUUCCCAGAUAGGAUGUACCUUUUCAACCGCAAACAUCCGAUGAUGCUGACCUGCAGAAGAGCGACUGUGCUCCACAGAAGCAAAACCUUGCUAAAGCCGCAGGAAGGAAGCUCAGAGCUGGAUGAUCAAAAGAAAGGGGACACCAAAACUAAAGCUCAGGAAGAGGCGGACAAAUGUAAGAAGGAACACGAAAGAAUUAUGUUACAAAAUUUGAAGGAAAGAUUAGAAAGAAAGAAGAGGAUUGAGGAGAUAAUGAAGCAGGCAAGAAGGACAGACUCUAUCCUAUCAAAGGCUGCGGGAUCUCUGAGCAAAGCUGAGGACGCUGAUGAUGAAGACGAAGCCGAUGACGAGCAGGAGUCGGACAGUGAAAUUGAUCUGUCAGAUGACAGAAAUUCACCAGCUUCACUUAGCAGUGAAGAGACAUCAUUGAAACCCCAAAUACGUUUGCGGAAUGCCAAGAAAUCCACCAAAAUGAUUUUCCUAGACCCCACAUCUAUUCAGCUGCGUCCAGGAACAAGAGUUUUUUUCAAUUGUGGUGCGAAGUCUGCCCAACCAAUGAGCAGCAAAGGCGCAGGGGCAGUGACAAAGGGGCCCUGA